AUGACAGAUCAGUAUGUUCAAAUCGUCUUUCUUACUGAUAAAACAAAAUUAGAUGAAUGGACACAAAAUAUUAAAUUCGGAUUAAAAGAAAUUUUAAGUAGCAGACUUGGCAAUGAACAACGCGAUAAAGCUCUUUCACUUGUUAUGCUGCUUCUUCAUCAUAUUGGCGCACCUUGGUUAUUUGCUUCAACUAUUGAAAAUUUAUCUUUCAAUCAGACUUCUGCAAAUAAAGUCGAUGAUUUUAAAUUUGCUGCUUUAGUAGUUCAGUUGGCUUGUGUUGAAAUUCGUCUUUUGCUAGAUGAUUUAGCUGAUCAAUAUGAAAAGCAGGAAUUACAAGAAUUCCAAUCUAAUAAGCGAAAUGAAUUUUUGUUAUCUGCCUGUUAUACUAUUCUCGAAAAAUCAAUUGAAUAUUUAUCACAAAUCGAAAAUUUGUUAGAAUCUCAAUUCCAAGGAAGUUCUAUUGAAUUAACUGGAUUAAAUUUAGAUCCGGAAUUGCUCUUGCGGUUAAAAGGAACAAUGAUUGAAACUUUUCGUUUUAUUAUCGAACAUUUAAUGGAUAUUAAAGAAACAACUUCCGUUGAAAAAGUUAUUAAAGAUGAAAGUAUUUUAGCUAGUAUUCGUGUUCUUUCUGUGUGGCUCGCAGAAGAAAGUUCAUUGGAAAAAGAAAUUUCUAAAAUGAUGCCGUUUUUGAUUGAAAUAUGUCAAUAUAGUUUGACAUGCGACAUUGAGGUUAAUUUAAUCAAAAUCAUGACACCUGCUUUUUUAAAUCUCACAUCACUUGAUCAACCGCGUGAAACUUUUCUUAAACAUGGAGGACCGCAGAUAAUGAUUGAUUACUUGGUAAAAUUCUGGUCGAAUAAAAAAGAUUUUAAUGGUAUUUAUGAUUUGGAAAUCAAUGAAAUACUUGGCCCUAUACAAGUUUUGCUUAAUAUUGUUGUAUCCGAUAAAGAGACCUUUAUCAUAGGGAAUGAGGACGAAGUUUGGAAAAUCAUAAAAAUUGGAUUACAAAUUUCAAAAAUUCUCGAACCAAAAUUAAAACUUUAUGAUCAUAAUUCAAAAAGAGAAGAUCAAAUAAUUCUUUUAGAGAAUACUCUCUUAUUUUGUCUUCUUGUUAUAUCAUCAUCAAAAUUUUUCGAAAUGGAUGCCAUCAAAAAUAUUAUUGAUACAGCAAAAAUAUUUUAUAAUAAUCAAAAUAUUACAUUGCAACAAAAUAUGCGGAAACAUGAUGUUGAAUUACUAUUAUUGGGAAAACAAGUUUUGGACAACAUUUUAUCAGAAAGUGAUAAUUUAAUGUAA